AUGACAAGGAUGCAAAGAAAUAGUACUAGUGCUGGAGCCCAACCAGCCUGUGCGGCAUGUAAACACCAAAGGAAGAAAUGUCACCAAAGCUGCGUAUUGGCGCCCUACUUCCCCGCUGAAAGAAGCCGGGAAUUCCACGCGGUCCACAAGGUUUUCGGGGUCAGCAACGUGACCAAGAUGAGCGUCAACGAGGAAGAUCGGCGAAGAGCCGUGGACUCGUUGGUUUGGGAGGCUUGUUGUAGGCAAAAAGACCCUGUCUUGGGUCCUUAUGCUGAGUACAGAAAGGUUUUUGAAGAGCUUAAGUUGUAUAAAAGCCAAGAAAACGGCCAAAUGAUGCACUUAUCAGCUCAAAGCAGGAAUUUCAGGAAUGGGGCUUAUAAAUCUUUGUCAAGUUUGGUGAAUUGGAAUAGUGUUAGUAAUGGGAUUAAUGGUAAUCAUGGAAUGGUUGGAGGGAUCGUUAAUAAUAACUCUCUGAGUUAUUUUCAUGAAAAUGGGAGUGUUAUUGUGGACCAAAGCCCAUUUAGUUAUGCCUCAAGUUAUGUGCAAAGUCCGGAGAAAAUAAGGCAGGAAAAGAAUGUUGAUAAUGUUGUUCCUAUAGUGUCACAACAACAUCAACAGCAUGCAAUCAAUGGUUUUAAUCAGCAAUACUAUCUCUCAGGUCAGUUGAAUCAAGUGAAUAGCAAGACAAUUGAAAGCACAAUAUGGGACGGAAGAUCUUAA